UCCGGGUUAGACAAAGCUAAAAAUGCAGGGUAUUUUAAGCAUAGAUAUGAAGAAGCGCCGUCAUGACCGACUGGCUUUCUACGCGUCCGUAAAAAAUUUCAGAACGACAAUUUCUCUUAAGAGUUACAUACACCAGGUUCGUGCAGUCUGUGGCGCGGGAACGGUUCGUAGCGAGACUGAGGGAAGUUUUAAAAAAACUAAAUAACAAGCAGCUAUGGAUCCUUCAGAAGUAGAGUUCCUUGCAGAGAAAGAGAUGGUGAAGAUAAUACCGAAUUUCAGUCUGGACAAGAUCUACUUGAUCGGCGGUGACCUGGGUCCCUUCAACCCCGGACUGCCUGUGGAUGUUCCUGUGUGGCUGGCUCUCAACUUAAAACAGAGACAGAAAUGCAGAAUUGUUCCUCCUGAGUGGAUGGAUGUCGAGAAACUGGAAGAGAUGCGAGAGCUUGAGAGAAAGGAGGACACAUUUACGCCUGUUCCCAGUCCUUACUACAUGGAGUUGACCAAACUGCUGCUGAACCAUGCGUCUGACAACAUUCCUAAAGCAGAUGAGAUCCGCACGCUGGUCAAAGACAUCUGGGACACUCGCAUUGCCAAACUCCGUCUGUCUGCUGACAGUUUCAUCAGUCAGCAGGAGGCUCAUGCCAAGCUGGACAACCUCACGCUGAUGGAGAUCAACACCAUAAGAUCACUCCUUCUCGAUUCUCUGAACUGCAUGUUCAAGCUGCGUUCCAAUCUGCAGCCCGGUUCCAGUAAAGGACAGUUUAUGGACUAUUGAGCCACAAGAUUGGACGUGGGUUAACCCUUUGGACUACGGUGUGUAGUUACUGACCAGUCCCCGUAUUCCUGAAAGGACUGUUUUCUUCAAAACUGAAGAAAGUAAGAGUUUUACUUGAGCAUGGACAGUAUUGGAUUUUUGCAGAUAUCCAAUAUGUUGAUAUUUUUCAAAUGAUUUGGGUCAUUUCCGAUGCUGUUAUACGUACGUAUUUCUUCACUUAAUUUCAGAGACUGUAAUGUCUCCUGUAGCGGAAUCAACAUGACGACUCGUAUUGUGAUGGCCCACUGGCAGGUGCAGACAUUUUUUUUCUUGAAGACUUUUCAAAUGUACAUUUUCAGUGGGAAAAAUAUAAAAACUACUUCAACUUACAUGUAAUACAUGCCUCAUUUGUUUAUGUAGCCUUCUUAACCCAUCUACCUGUCAAUGUACGUUUUGGGUCAGUGUCCCAAAUUCAACUUAAGCCUUCAGCCAACACGCAUCCCUGGAAUCAUUAAGGGAUCAUACUUUUUCUGAUAAUGACUUGUGUUAGUCCAUACAUAUUUAAAAGCCUGCAAGCUUAUUGUGUAUUUGCUGUUUGUAAUAAGCACAUAUUUAAAUGAAUUUAGGGUCCAUAGUUGUCUCUGUCUGUCUCUGUAUUUUUGUUAGUUUGUCACAAAAUAAAUGUAUUUGUGUAUGUCUACAUGAUAAAUA